AUUUUCUUUUUUUUUGUUUUAUUCCACAAAAAUAUGUCGUUUGUGCGAUCCUUACUUGGAGGACUUCCAGUAAGGGCAACCUUCAAAGCUGCUACAGCUUCUUUUGUAGAGGCUACACCGCAAAACGCUUUCUCUCUGUUUCCUAUUGCUAUGUCCCGCCGCUUCCAAUCCACCGAGGCCGAAGCAAAGGACCUUCAACGUCUUGAUAAACUUCGUAACAUUGGUAUUUCAGCUCACAUCGAUUCCGGUAAAACUACUUGUACUGAACGUAUUCUUUACUACACUGGUCGUAUCAAGGAGAUCCAUGAUGUCCGUGGCCGUGAUGGUGUAGGAGCAAAGAUGGAUUCUAUGGAUUUGGAAAGAGAAAAGGGUAUUACUAUUCAAUCUGCCGCAACUUAUGCUAGUUGGGGUGACCACAAUAUUAAUAUUAUUGAUACUCCUGGCCACGUUGAUUUCACUAUAGAAGUUGAACGUGCUUUGCGUGUGUUGGAUGGUGCUGUUAUGAUUUUAUGUUCUGUUUCUGGUGUGCAAUCUCAAACGAUCACUGUAGAUCGUCAGAUGCGUCGUUAUAAUGUUCCCCGUAUUUCUUUUAUCAAUAAGAUGGAUCGUGCUGGUGCUAAUCCAUUCCGUAUUAUUGAUCAACUCCGACAAAAACUCAAGUUGACUGCUGCUGCUGUUCAGAUCCCUAUUGGUGCUGAAGAUCAGUUUAGAGGUGUUGUUGAUUUGAUUAGAUGGAAGGCUUUUUACAAUGAAGGUGAAAGUGGUGAAAAUUUGGUUGAAAAGGAUAUUCCUGAAGAACUCAUGCCUCUUGCUACUGAAAAACGUCAAGAAUUGAUUGAACAAUUGGCUAACGUGGAUGAUGAAAUUGCUGAUAUCUAUUUGUUAGAAGAAAUUCCUACUACUGAGCAAUUUAUUGAUGCUAUUCGCCGUUCUACCAUUAGUUUGAAGUUUACUCCUGUCCUGAUGGGUUCUGCCUUUAAGAACACAGCUGUCCAACCUCUUUUGAAUGCUAUUGUUGAUUACUUGCCUAACCCUACUGAAGUGACAAACACUGCCUUGGAUAUCAACAAGGAUGAAGAAAAGGUCGAUUUGAAGCCUUAUUCCAACAGUCCUUUUGUUGGUCUUGCUUUCAAGUUGGAAGAAGGUCGUUAUGGUCAAUUGACUUACAUGCGUAUCUAUCAAGGUUCUUUGAAGAAGGGUUCUUUUAUCACCAAUGUCAAGACUGGCAAGAAAAUCAAAGUCCCUCGUCUUGUUCGUAUGCAUGCUGCUGAUAUGGAAGAUGUUGAUGAAUUAGGUGCUGGUGAAAUCGGUGCCAUGUUUGGUGUUGACUGUGCUAGUGGCGAUACUUUUACUGAUGGUAGUCUUCAAUACACAAUGACAUCUAUGUUUGUUCCUGAACCUGUUAUCUCUCUCUCUUUGACUCCCAAGGGUAAGGAAAGCCCUAAUUUCUCUAAGGCUUUGAACCGUUUUCAAAAGGAAGAUCCUACUUUCCGUGUCCAUGUUGAUUCUGAAUCCAAGGAAACAAUUAUCUCUGGUAUGGGUGAACUUCACUUGCAAAUCUAUGUUGAGCGUAUGAAGCGUGAAUACAAUGUCGAAUGUCUUACUGGUAAACCUCGCGUUGCCUUCCGUGAAACAAUCACACAACCUUCCAAAUUUAACUACACUCACAAGAAGCAAUCUGGUGGUGCUGGUCAAUUCGGUCGCGUUGUUGGUCAAUUGGAACCCAUGACUCGCGAUGAAGAAACUGGCAAGGAUAUUGAAUUUGAAAACCGCGUUAUUGGUGGUAACAUCCCUACCAACUUCAUUCCUGCUUGUGAAAAGGGUUUCAAUGAUGCCCUCGAAAAGGGUCCUUUAAUUGGUCAUCCUGUCAAUGGUGUUCGUAUGGUUUUGGAAGACGGUGCUGCCCACGCUGUUGAUUCCAGUGAGUUGGCUUUCCGUAUUGCUACCAAGAAUGCCUUUAGUGAAGCCUUUGCUAAAGCUAGACCUGUCAUUUUAGAACCCAUCAUGAAUGUUGCUAUUACUGCCCCUAUUGAAUUCCAAGGUUCUGUUAUUGGUGGUUUGAACAAGCGUAAGGGUACUGUUGUUGAUACUGAAAUUCAAGAAGACUAUUUUGCUGUUACUGCUGAUGUUCCUUUGAAUGACAUGUUCGGUUACUCUACUGAACUGAGAUCUGCCACUCAAGGUAAGGGUGAGUUCUCUAUGGAAUACAAGGAUCAUCAACCUGUUCAAACACACAUCCAAGAAGCUCUUAUCCAAGAAUACAAGAAGGAAAUGGCUGCCAAAGCCAAGUAA